AUGCUAAAGCUUAAAGGAGAAUUGAGAGCUGCCAAGGGACUGAAAGAUGAGGUCCAGGAGAGAGACAGAGAAGUGAGUGGCCUGAACAGCAAGCUCUUAAGCCUUCAACUUGACAUCAAGAAUCUUCAUGAUGUCUGCAAGAGACAGGGGAAGACCUUACAAGAGAACCAGCUCUGUGUGGAGGAGGCUAUAAUGAACGAUGACCACAACAAGAAGCAAGUAAAGGUGUCAACAUUCAGAGAUACCCAGAUAGAAUUUGGGUCUACUAAACAGUGUCAUCUGAGACAACUCCAGCAACUGAAGAAGAAACUUCUGGCUCUGCAGCAAGAACUGGAGUUUCGCACAGAGGAGUUGCAGACUUCUUAUUGUUCUCUCCUGCAGUACCAAUCCAUCCUGGAAAAGCAGACUUCUGACCUGGUUCUUCUCCACCAUCACUGCAAACUGAAAGAGGAUGAGGUAAUCCUCUAUGAGGAAGAAAUGGGAAAUCAUAACGUGGAUACAGGGGAGAAGCUCCUUCUGGCACACAAGCAACUUGCCUUGGCCGGGGACAAGAUUGUCUCCCUAGAAAGAAGCUUAAAUCUCUACAGGGAUAAAUACCAGACUUCCCUGAGCAACAUCGAGUUACUGGAGUGCCAGGUGAAGAUGCUGGAGGGCGAGCUCAAUGGGAUUGUCAGUCAGGAUCCUGAGAACAAAGGUGAUCACUCAAAGGUGCGGGUCUGCCCUUCUCCCUGCAUGUCUCCAGAGCAUCAGGAGACCCUGAAACGACUGUCUGAAGUCUGGCAAAAGGUCUCUGAACAGGAUGACCUAGUCCAGGAGCUUCGAAAUAAGCUGGCCUGCAGCAAUGCUUUGGUUCUGGAGCGUGAAGAGACUUUGAUCAAAUUACAAGCUGACUUCGCUUCCUAUACAGCCACCCACAGAUACCCUCCUAGCUGCUCAGAAGACGCUGAAGACAUCAAAAAGAUUCUGAAACACCUGCAGGAGCAGAAGGACAGCCAGUGCCAACAUGUGGAGGAGUACAAGAACCUCGUGAAGGACCUGCGCAUGGAACUGGAAAUGGUGUCAGAGCAGAAGAAGAACAUCAUGAAGGACAUGAUGAAGCUGGAGCUGGACCUGCACCGGCUACGGGAGGAGUCAUCUGCCCACAGCGAGAAGAAGGACAGAGAGAUGUGCAUUCUGCAGCGCCAGCUGGAGGAGCUACAGCUGCAGUGCGCAGAGGCAAAAAAGAUGAUUUUGGAUAAAGACAAGCUGCUCCAAGAGAAGGAAGAUACGCUUCAUGAGCUGGAAAGGAAGGUGAGCCAGGUUCAGUGCCUCCUCAGGAAAAAGGAGCUGGAGCUGGAGAAGAACCAGUCCACACUGAGAGACAUGGAAGAGACCCUCAAGGAGGCCAGGCAGGACUCCAAGAGCAAGCUGGAGUGCGAGACCCUGCGGGCUGAAGUCCAGAACCUGACCGACCUCCUGGAGGAAUCCAAACAGCAUCAGAAGACCACGGGUCAGCAAUUAUGCCAAUGUAAGAAUGAGAAAGAGGAAGUAAAGCACAAACUAGAGGAGACCCAGAGGAAACUGCAGAACUGCAUUCUCAAGGAGAAGGAGAAGGCGGAAAUCAUCGAGAACCUGCAGAAAGAGCUACAGAAAAACCAAAGGAAGGGCUCAGCCAUUGAAGCAGAGCUGUUAGAAAACAGGAAACAGGGAGAAGAGUUGGUCUCAGAACUGGCAGAGGCUCUGAGAAAGCUUGAAAAUGCAGAGAAGGAGAAGAAGCAGCUUCAGAAGUCACUAGUUGAGCAGGAUAUAAAAAUAAAUGACAUGAUGAGUUAUGGCAAAGUCAUUCAGCACCAGCAAAGGGAACUAGAAAGGGCCAAAACCCAGGCAGAAGGUGACCUUCAGGAUACAAUAAGGUCACUGGAAGAAAAACAGGAACUGUUGAAAAAGAGCAAAGAAAAGGAGAAGUUGCUGGAGGAUGAACUUGACGCUUUACAACAGGAAGUAAAAAGGAAGGAAAAGGUGUGGAAAGACAGUUGGAGAAAGUUGCAGGAUGAAAACAAGCAUCUCCAGGAAGAGUUGACCAAUGCUGCUUCACAACUAGAAUCUGCUACCAACAAAUGCAGUGCUACCCAGAAAAUUGUCGAUGAUCUGAACUCACAGUUAACCUCCCUGAAAGAGUCCAGAAUGAAUCUGCAGACGCAGCUGGACUCGGCUAUCAAGAAAGAGAAGCUCUGCCAGCAGAACAUGGUCUCCAAAGACGCUUAUGAGGAACUAACGCAGAAGUCACACACCUGUCAAGAUGACCUGACCAAAGCCCUGGAGAAGCUCGCUCAUGCGACCACAGAGACAAAGAACCUGCAGCGAAACUUGCAACAGGCCCAAGAGAGGAAAAGUCAACUGGAAGAUGAAAUCCUCGCUUACGAAGACAGGAUGAAAAAGGUCAAUGUGGAAUUAAAAAAACUGCAGAACUUCCACCAGGAGAGCGAACUAGAGGUGCGCGCCUUCGACAAGAAGCUGGAGGAGAUGAGCAACCAAGUGCUGCAGUGGCAAAAACAACACCAGUGUGACCUCAAGAUGCUGGCAGCAAAGGAAUCACAGCUCAGGUCGUUUCAAGAGGAAAUGGCCACCCUGAAAGAAAACCUCCUUGCAGAUGAGAAAGAGCCCUACUGCCCGCACCCACCAACUGUGCCUAAAGAAACCCGUAGAAUCCACCGAGAAAAUGAUCAGACAAUGUGCAACAUGGAGCAGUGGGCAAAAGAGCAGAAGAUCGCCAACGAGAAGCUAGGAAACAAGCUCCGUGAGCAGGUCAAAUACAUUGCCAAGCUGACUGGUGAAAAGGACCAGCUCCACAAUGUCAUGGUCCAUCUACAGCAGGAAAACAAGAAGCUCAAGAACGAGAUUGAAGAGAAGAAGAUGAAAUCCGGGAACACAAGGCCGUGCCCCAAAGCCCUAAUCCCCAGCAAACUGGAGCACACACCAAGGGGAAGGCCAUGCGGCGCACUGGGCUGGAAGGAUCCAGGUCAGAAAGCAGACAUGUCCAAGUGUAUAGGGUUGCCCCACUACUCAGGCAUCUCAGCCCUCACACCUGCUCCCAGCCACGUGUUCUCGGGAUUCUGA